AUGGUGCACCGCGGGCGCCGGAGGGAGAGACGCGCCAAGGGGCGAAAGAGACAAGGGGAGGGUCCCAGCCGCUCCCGUGCAGAGCUCGGCCCUAGGCUGCGCGGGUGGGAGGGAAACGACGCCAGGCGACGCCCGGGGCUCGCAGGACCCCCAACGGGCAGGGGCGGGGCCUCCGCGGCGCCCCUCCCUCCCUCCCCUGACUGGGCCCGCCCCUUCUCGCGCCGUUGGGGGGGGCGGUCUCCCUCCCUCCCAGGCCCCAGCCCCAGCGUCGCGCGCUCCCCCCAGGGUGCCAUGGCCUCACGGCUCCUGCACCGGCUGCGGCACGCCCUGGCCGGCGACAGCCCGGGGGAGGCGGCGGCCGGCCCGGAGGCCGAGCAGUUCCCGGAGAGCUCGGAGCUAGAGGACGACGACGCCGAGGGCCUGUCCUCCCGCCUCAGCGGCACCCUCAGCUUCACCAGCGCCGAGGACGAAGAGGAGGAGGACGACGAGGACGACGGAGAGAUUGGCCCCGACCCGCUGCCCGCCGGGGACGGGGCGUCGGGGGAAGAUGCAGAACGAAGCCCCCCACCUGAUGGGCAGCGGGGCAGUCAGCCCCUCACAAGGCAGUUGCAGGAUUUCUGGAAGAAGUCCCGGAACACCCUGGUUCCCCAGCGUUUGCUCUUCGAGGUGACCAGCGCCAACGUGGUCAAGGACCCGCCCUCCAAGUACGUGCUCUACACCCUCGCCGUGAUGGGUCCAGGGCCACCUGAUCGCCAGCCAGCCCAGAUCUCUCGCCGCUACUCGGACUUUGAGCGGUUGCACCGAAACCUGCAGCGACAGUUCCGGGGCCCCAUGGCCGCCAUCUCCUUCCCCCGGAAGCGCCUGCGCCGGAAUUUUACCGCGGAGACCAUCGCCCGCCGCAGCCGGGCCUUCGAGCAGUUUUUGAGCCACCUGCAGGCAGUGCCCGAGCUGCGCCAUGCCCCGGACCUGCAGGACUUCUUCGUGCUGCCUGAGCUGCGACGGGCACAGAGCCUCACCUGCACUGGCCUCUAUCGUGAGGCUCUGGCACUCUGGGCCAAUGCCUGGCAGCUGCAGACCCAGCUAGGCACCCCCUCGGGCCCAGACCGCCCCCUGCUGACCCUGGCCGGGCUGGCUGUGUGCCACCAGGAGCUGGAGGACCCUGGGGAGGCCCGGGCGUGCUGUGAGAGAGCCUUGCGACUGCUGGGGGAUAAGAACCCCCACCCUCUGCUGGCACCCUUUCUGGAGGCCCACGUGCGGCUCUCCUGGCGCCUGGGCCUGGACAAACGCCAAUCAGAGGCCCGCCUCCAGGCCCUGCAGGAAGCAGGUCUGACCCCCACGCCACCCCCCAGUCUCAAAGAAUUGCUCAUCAAGGAGGUACUGGACUAGACUUACUGCCGCUGUGGGGAGAGGCACUGCCCCGGGAUGGGGGAUGCGGAUGGGCAGUAAGGACACAGCAGUUGGGAAGUGGUAGGGGGUGCUGGGAACCCCUGUAAGUCCUACAAAGAAUUGGUAGCAAACCAAGGAAAUACGUUCUUUCUGUUGAGCUGGGCUCAGGACAAGCUUCGGCUGGGCUUGCCCUGGGAUGGUGCAGGGAGGAAGCCGGAUGCAGCCUCUCCAGCUCAUGAAUGUCUGGGGACGAUGCCCCAGGGUAGGUCAGUGUCACCUCUUCCUUGGCCAGAGGGCCAGGGACUCUGCCUCUGGAGUCCUGGAGCUGAGGGCUGGAGCAGAGCUGCAGCCUGGCCCAGGGGAAUUAAAGGCAGCAGCUCCA